CCAGCACAGGCUGAGGCUCUGCACACAGAACUCAGCCCUGGCUCCCCAGGGGAAGAAGCUAUUCCAGACUAAACUAAGGAAUCAUCUCACAUGUUUCAACAAUCCCUACAGUUUCUCUGUUUGUUUUAAAGAUAUCACUGAGAUUUUGUUUCAUUUGCAACAGGAGACUAAAUGACAGCAAGCAGAAUCUGCUGUUAGGUUACAUUUCAAGGACACUCUGUGGGACCCAUAGACGAUGCAGGCACCAUCACUGCUCUGUUAUUUCCUGCUCCUCUGGCUGUGCAGGGAUUUGUGCCCAGCUGAAGGCGCUGCUGGCAGGAGGCAGAGGAGGAGGAUGCCCCCCAGGGCAAGGCACAGGAGCCCCAGGGCAGCCGGGCUGGAGCCCCUGGGGCCCAGGAUCCCGCUCAUCACCAUCGAUGACAGCGUCAUGGGCGUGUUUGACUCCCUGGUGGGGCUGGGGCAACACGAGAGCACCUACAGCGUCUUACCAGGGAAGAAGGGGCAGUGCACAGCUAAUGGGAUGAUCAUGUUCGACAAAGCCGUGUGGUCUCCCCAGCCCUGCGUCACCUGCCUGUGCUCCAAGGGAGAGGUGAUCUGUGACACAGCCAUGUGUCAUCCUCUGAAAUGUCCCCAGACUGUCAUUCCCACAGGAGAGUGCUGCCCAGUGUGUUCUGAAACUGCCUCCUCGCUGGACUCCGGUAUAAUUUCACUGGAUGACAUCACUGAGUUGUCUGGUGACUCCCCAGACCCCAAGGACCUCGACACCACCAGUGUUCUGCCAUCAGCACAAACUCAGAUGGAAAAGGAUGAGCUGCUUCCAACAGAAGUGAUAGAGAUUAGAGACAAGGAGGGUCACAAAAAAGGGGAGAAGAAAAGAAAAAGGAAAGGCAAAAAGAAUCGCCAGAGGCACAAAGGGCGUCACAGAGAGAAGCUGCCUGUCCCCAGAACAGGAGAUGCAGGAGAUGUGCAGUAUGAAAGUGAUGAAGAUGAUGGUGCUUUCAGAAUUCCAUCUCAUUUCCCAAUUCCUGUUCCACCCAUAGAAACUCCUCCUUUGCCCUCUGGAUGUUCCACCUCGGACACCACAGUAAGCUGCAUCAAUGCCAAACUUACACAAAUACCUCCCAUCUCAGAUCCAGACCUAACAAGUUUAGACCUUACAGGAAAUAGCAUCACUACUAUCUCAGAUGAAGCAUUCAAUGGGAUACCCAAUUUGGAAUGGAUUGAUCUGAGUAAAAAUAACAUUACCUCUCCUGGCAUAGGUCCCAAAGCAUUCAAAAUCCUGAAAAAGCUGAAACGUUUGUAUUUGGAUGGAAAUAUGCUGGUACUUAUUCCCUCUGAAUUGCCAUCAACUUUGGAAGAAAUAAAAAUAAAUGACAACCAACUUCAUGCCAUUGAUGAAGACGGCUUAAAAGAUUUAAAGAACUUGGUCACUCUGGAAUUAGAAGGAAAUAAGCUUAGUGAAGCAAAUGUCAGUCCUUUGGCCUUUUAUCCUCUGAAAAGCCUUUCUUAUUUGCGACUGGGGAGAAAUAAAUUUAGAAUUAUACCACAAGGUCUUCCUGCCACUCUUGAGGAGUUAUAUCUUGAACAUAAUCAAAUUGAAGAAGUGUCAGAAAUUUGCUUUAACCAUACCAGAAACAUCAACAUCAUUGGGCUAAAGCAUAACAAAUUAGAAGAGCACAGGAUAGCACCUUUGGCUUGGAUAAACCAAGAGAACUUGGAGUCAAUCGAUCUCUCUUAUAAUAAGUUGUAUCAUGUUCCCUCCUAUCUGCCAAAAUCUUUACUCCAUCUGGUACUUAUAGGAAAUCGGAUUGAACGAAUUCCAGGCUAUGUGUUUGGCCACAUGAGGCCCGGGCUGGAGUAUCUCUACCUGUCCUUUAACAAACUCACCGACGAUGGCAUUGACCCAGUGUCAUUUUUUGGAGCUUACCACUCCCUGAGGGAGCUCUUUUUGGAUCACAAUGAAUUGAAGGCUGUACCCUUUGGGAUUGAUGAAAUGAGAAAACUACGUUUUCUAAGACUGAACAAUAAUAAAAUAAGGACGGUGCCCCCAGAACGCAUCUGCAGGACUCAGACCCACCACGAGGACGAGCAUGACCACAGCGAGGAGGAACAUGAAGAUUCCCACUUGGAACACGUUCACCUUGAAAACAACUACAUCAACACAAGGCAGCUCUCCCCACAUUCAUUUUCAUGCAUAAGAUCCUAUUGCAGUGUUGUUCUUAAACCACAGAAGACCAAAUAAACCCCCCAAAUUCUGCAUUGCAGCCCCCAUGUCUAAAAAUGCAGUUUUAUUUAUUCUCUCUACUCAUUGGCCUGCUUAUUUCUGAUUUAAACCCUUCCUACUGCCAUAAAUAUGAUACUGUAUAUUAUCUACUGAAGGUACCAGUGUGUUUCUUCAUAUUGUUUCAUUAUAAAACCAUCAAAUGUAAAAAUUUAAGCUUAAAAA